AUGACCCUGAACUGUGUUUCUCUGUGCGCUGGAGAUCAAGGGUACGGGCUGGCAUACCGUUCAGCUCAUGCUGACCUCAGCCCGUCGGACUUUGCGUUGGCUAUGGUAUCUGGAGACAACUUUUUCAUGACCAGGCCUGGGGUGCUUUACCCAGGACCAGUUCCUGAGCAGAUAGUACGGCCGAGCGUUCCAAUGGAGAGCCGUCGGGUAAAUGGUGGAGGUCGAAGUUCUGCCCGCUUUAUAAAGGGAAGGGAACCGCAUGGCCGGAACCGAGGCCGCCAAGGCAGAUUCUCACCUUACCCUGCGCCUGCGGUUAAACUUGAUCUCUUAAGAAGUGUGCUGCAACAGCGGCUGAGAGCACAUGGAGGUGUCGUCGUAGCCCGAAUUCCAGCUUAA